UGCGAAUUGCUGUCAUAAAUAUUGUGAGAUUCAAAGAAUCGCACCAACACGUUAAGGAGUGCGUUCGCAGGUUUCGCUGUAAGCUUUAGCAUUAGGAUAAGUGACGUAUAUGGUGUAUUGUCAACUGUUAUUGUGACUGUUAUAAGUGGUUAUAAGCACGUUAUAAGACACUCAAAUAAUAGCUAAGUUUAUACAUUUUUCUAGUUAUUGUUCUUGAAAAAUUCUCUUUCUUCCAAAAAAUUGAGAUCCCGAUAUUGCAGUUAGUCUGUCCGUUUGGAGCAAUUUGUGGCUCGGAAGGACAGGUACUGCACGAACACAAAUUUUAAGGUUAUUUCUUGGCACCUUAUAACGCAUAUUUGACCUUCUUUUGCCAAACAGGCCCUGUUCUAGCCAAGACAGGGCAUCAAACUAACUUCAAUCUAGCAAAAUAUCUCUGUUAAAAAGCAUGUCAAUCUCUAGUUUUCUUUAAAUGCGUACAUUAAAUUCAGGGCCCCAUGUAACCCAACUACCCACUGGAGCUUUGAUUGAGUGUCUCAUCCACCACUCAUACCACAGUAAUAUGUAGUGUUGUACGUGCAAGUUUAACUAAGGCUAAGACAGAUACAUUAAAUCUUCCAAGGAACCUUGAAGAAGAAUUUCACGGAGUUAAGAAGCUGGAUCUUAAAAGUUUGAUGAUAUGUGACUAAACUAAUGGACAAAAAUGAAUAAGUUCUUAAAAAGCGGCCGCUCGCCCAGCAGAGGCAAGGAUGACAUUCUUAAAAAAUCCAUUACCUCGAAUUUGUCCAACACCAUCAAGGAGAUUCAAUAUGCAUGUAUAGAAGAAGGGAAAGGAAACAAAGUCAUUGAUGUAACGGAUGUAGCUAAUGAGUUCUGCACAAUUGUCGAAGCUGUGUUCUUACAUGGAUUAAGAGACUCUAUGACACAUAGGUUUAGAAAAGCUAUGGCUCGACUGGAUGAGAGGCCCCCGCCUCCUGAUUUUUGGGCCCCGCUUCUCAUAAUAUCUCACAAACAAAUCAUAGACCAGAUCACCCAUUUGUCCCAAAUAACCAGUGAAGUAGGAUAUUGCAGAGCAUGGAUAAGGAUAGCUCUGAACGACUGCCUUUUAUCGUCGUACUUGUUGACUAUUCGCCAGGAUGCGUCGGCUAUGAAGUCAUAUUAUAAUCCCACUGCUUUUAUCCGGGACAAUGACAUGUUGGAUGUCGCUCAACGACUUAUUGAAGGUGUCGAAGGAAUCAAAACUUUUACAAUGCCCAUAAAUUCAAGUCUCCUAAACACUUGGCCGUCGCAAAGCUUAGUGUGGGCAGGAAUUUGGUUUCCAACCUUGAAAAAUACCCCUCUGGCGCCCUGCGACGACGUUGCAAUGAUAAUCGAGGAAGAUUCAAAGUUGCAGGGACAAGAGGAAGUAUCUGAUACCGCCUCCUUGUGUUCAGCCAUGUCCUUUGGCUCACAGACAUCAAGUCUACGUCAAGUCGUGGCUUUAUCAGAAGACGAAGUCUUGAAAAUUAUCUUAGCUAAAGAUGACAAUGCCGAGAACGCUGCAGAAUUACCUCACUCGACUUCCCAUGCAAAUUCUGAACUGAAGCAGAAUACGAAAUGUGUUGACAGUAGCAAAAACCGCCACAUGGGAAACUCUCUGGAUAGGGAAGGCUGGUCGUUUGAUGAAACGCAGCACGAGGAUGCAGAUCGGGGGAGCAAAGGAGAAACAGAGCAGCCUGCGAAUACUGAAAUGAGCAAAUCAAUGGAAGGCAGUUUUACGGCUCUAGUGGAAAAUUAUAACAUGGUCGGGGGCAGUUACAUACGAACUCCUGACAUUAAGGGGAUGUGGCAAAAGUUUGAAGAUGAAAGAAUGAAAGAAUCGAGCCCCAGCCCGCCCGAGUGCACGAGUUCAGUUUCGGCCAGCUCAAGUCCAGUUAGAUCUGAAACAACAUCUUUGGCCUCUCAAGUUUUCAAAAUUGCUGGUGAAAGGGGACUCGAUGUGCAGAAUUUUGAAUGCGCUGGUUGCAAGUCUUGUUUGGAUGAACAGAAUUACAAGGUCUGUCACUAUACAGGAGAAUAUUUCUGCAACGCGUGCAUGAGCGUUGAGGAAGUCACCAUUCCCGCCAGAAUGAUACACAACUGGGAUUUUAAAGUUUAUCCGGUGUCUCAAAAGAGCUUCAAUUACCUCAAUGAAGUAAAGGACUACCCUGUGAUAGAUUUUAAAUCUCUAAAUCCGUAUAUUUAUGGGGCUGUCGAAGAAAUGGCUGAACUGCAAGUUCUAAGAAAUCAACUGAACUUUUUGCGAGCGUAUUUAUACACUUGUCGAGAACCUAUUAUAGAACAACUACAAAAGCAAAUGUGGCCCAGAGAGUAUAUGUAUGAGCAUAUUCAUCAAUAUUCAAUAACCGACCUUCAUGACAUUCAAAGUGGUACAUUGGCUUCACAGCUGCAGAAAGUUGUAAAAUUUGGCAGAGACCACGUAUUUAGCUGUUGGCUUUGCAGCCAGAAGGGGUUUGUUUGCGAAGUUUGCAAUAAUCCAAAGUCCUUAUUUCCAUUCGAUGUCGAAAAUGUUUUCCGAUGUGAUUUGUGUAAUGCCGUGUAUCAUAAGAAUUGCCUCAAUUCUUCUAAACCAUGUCGCAAAUGCGAGAGGAGAAAAAAGCGAGAAGAUCUACCCCUUGAUGGUGCUAUUUGUCCAGAGUGAUACUGCGGGAUAAUCUUUGACCUCAACUGUUAUUUUGUUUUAUAUUUUUGAACCACAAGUUCAAACAUUUUAAUGAUUACUAAUAAACGUAUGUAAAGGAA